GGCCAAGACCCCAACGGAAACGAGAGCCAAAGCCGACCGCUUCAGUUGCUUGCUUCUGGCACCGAGGCAGCAAGAAGCCAAGAACUCGCUCGUCGACCAAUCCGACUGCCCGUCAACCUCUUGGUAACCCGUUCGACGAAAUGCCCCCGAAGGAUGCAGCGGCGCAGGGGGCGCCAGGAGGCGGUGGCCGUGGCGUCGAUCGCCUCAGCGGCCUCCGGGACGAGACCCUCUUCCGGGUUAUGGCGCACCUCAAGGCGUGGGAGGCGGUGCGCACGUGCGUGCUAUCCACGCGGUGGCGCAAGCUGUGGGCCUCCGCGGGCCACCUCGACAUCCGCCAGCCGUGCCUCUGCGCCGGCCGCGGCGUCCUCCCCGCCGCCCGGCUCGAGAGGCGCGAGGUGAAGUUCAGCGUGUUCGUCAAGACCCUGCUGCUACGGCGUCGGCCGCUGGUGCCUCUGGAGUCGCUCCGCCUCUGCUGGAGCCACGAGACGGUCCACGGCGGCGCCAACAUCUGGGUCGCCCACGCCGUCAGGCGCGGCGCCGUGGAAAUCGAGCUCUCCGGGAAGCAUCACAACAAGUACCCGUCGCCGGAGUGCAUGAACUUCAUCGCUCGCGACAGCGAUACCGUCACAAUCCGCCUCAAGAUCUUGAAGCUUAUCCAUAUCCGGCUGGAUGGCACCACCCUCACGCAGCUCUGCUCUAGGUGCACUUGCUUGGAAGAACUAGAGCUCAAGGAUUGUCAAAUACUGGAGGCUCCGGAGAUCCGGUCCACCAUGCUCAAGUGUUUGACCAUGAUCAGGUGCCAAAUCCGUAAAGGCCUCUCCGUUCAUGCUCCGAACCUUGUUGCCCUGCAGUUCAGCAGAAAUUUUUGGCAUGUUCCCUGGAUCCAGAACUUGGGAUUGCUAGCGGCAUCCAAUAUCUACCUACAGGCACCGCAUAAGUACAAUAUCUACCUACAGGCACCGCAUAAGUACACUGAGUGCUCCGACCUCAGUUCUUGCAACCUUAAGAUCUUGAAGCUCUCAUGUGUCAAGCUGGAUGACACCACCCUCGAACAGCUCUAUUCCAGGUGCACUUCUUUGGAAGAGCUAGAGCUUAUUGAUUGUUCGGUGGUUGGCAAAAAGAUUCAAUCAACCUCAUUGAGGUGUUUGACUAUGAUCGACUGCAAAUUCGCUAUUGGGUCAUGGGUUAAUGUUCCGAACCUUCUCUCUUUGCGCUGCACCAGACCAUUUCAACAAGUUCCUUGCUUCUGGAACAUGAAAUUUCUAGUCACAGCAAUUAUUGCACUCGAUGACUCCUGCAUACCUAGUGAUAGUUGGUGGACAUGGGCGGACGAUCACAAAGAUGAAUCUGAUCAUGAUGGUGACUUUUUUGCACAUUCUAGGGCUGAGGACUCUGAUGAUAAUGGUGAAUUUUUUGAUAAUGAAUCCAAUCACUUUUUUGAAUAUUCUGGGGCUGAGGACUCUGAUGAUAAUGGUGAAUUUUUUGAACAUUCUGGGGCUGAAGACUCUGAUGUUAACAGUGAUAAUGAAUCUGAUCCGAAUGAAGAAGAUGAAUCUGGUAUUGAUGGUGCUCAUUCUGGUGCUGAGGAGUCGGAUGAUAACAUCGAUGUUGGCAUUGAGAAAUCUGGUGAUGACAAUGAUGAUGAAUCUUACCUUAAUGAUAACACUUUUGCACAUGCUGGUGCUGAAGACUCUGACGAGAAUCAUGGUUCUGGACCUGGUGAUGAGGUCGAUGGCUGUACUGUGCGCUAUGAUGAGAUUGCAGAGGAGUAUAAUGGUGAUUGUGGAGGAAUGUUUGGGGGAUACGGUAUGCUUUGCAGCCUCUCUAAUGUUAGAAAAAUGGCCCUAUCAGCUCAUUCAGGAGAGGUGUUGCUCAUGAGGGAAUCAAAAUUGUGUCCUGACUUCAAAAACCUGAAGACUCUAUCCCUUGGUGAAUGGUGUAUAACUCCUGACUUUGAUAUAUUAGCACGCGUACUUCAGAGCUCACCAAACUUGGAGAACCUUUUUGUUCACCUCGACAUGGCCAACAAGAGCAGAGUGGACUUCGAUAAAAGGGCAAGUUUGUUUGUGUCCACUAACCUGAAGAAAGUGGAGAUCACAUGCUGUAAGCAUAAUAAAAUGGUCGACAUAUUGGCAGAGCUCUUCCGCGUGAAUAUCGUAACAAACAAGAAGGUUUUUGUCCAUCACACUGCCUGCACUUGUGAUGUCAAUAGAGGUACAGGUUCUCAGGCAAAGCGCAAGGCACAAACUGAAGCUAAGAAGAGACCAGUAAAGCAGAUAAGACCAGGAAACUGAGGAAAGCACCAGCUGAUGAGGGUAAGUUGGUGCGACAGUGCAUUUGUGUUGGUGAAGUCAGUGAGUUGGGCAGCUUUUUGCCGUCCCACUGUGUCAGUGAGUUUUUUAGUUUGGCCUGUAUUCUGCAGGAAAGAUUGUGGCAGAACUUGUGAUGCGUUUUCCGAUUGUGCAUCUACAUUUCAGUGUAGGUAUGAGUGUAAAUGUGUUCCUUGGUUGAAUGGAAAGGGCUGAGUGAAAUUCAGAACGUACAUUGACUAAAAAAGCUCCAGAUGUCCUCUGCUGAGGAGCAAUGUUUACUGAAUAAAUCUGGUGACAGAAUUUGACCUGA